AUGUCUCCGGCGAAAUCGACGUUUCUCAUCGGUCCCAUCUUGUCGGUGGACGCCGCCGUGUCUCGCGCGAUUCACACGGCGGCGAAGCCACUACUCCCACCGUUUCUCCUCCUACUCCUCGAGAUCUCCGCCGAUUUCCGAUUCUCCUUCCCCGUGUCCCUUUCCCUUCUCCUCUCCCCUCCGUUACGACCUUUCCUCAUCCCGUUCCUCCUCGGCCUCCUCCUCGAUCUAAUCUUCGUCGGAAUCGUGAAGCUAACCUUCCGUCGAGCUCGUCCCGCUUACAAUCAUCCAUCAAUGUCCGCCGCCGUAUCCGCUGAUCACUAUUCCUUUCCCUCCGGCCACGCCUCCCGCGUCUUCUUCGUUGCCGCAUCAGUUCAUUUCUUUACUUCUGUCGUAGAAGCUCCCAUGGCCGAUCCAAGCUACACUUUCUUAGACGGAUGGAUCAGAGAUCACCGUGAUGGCGAUGUGAAGGGAAAUGUUGUGGUGGGUGUGUGGAUCUGGGCAACAGUGACCGCCGUUUCAAGGAUCCUCUUAGGGAGACAUUACGUGCUCGACGUAGCUGCUGGUGCUUGCUUGGGCAUUCUCGAAGCUCUCUUUGCUCUUCGGUUUCUGACAUUCGAUUUCGAACAGAUCUUUUUUUGGAGGUUUUUACUCGAAUCUCUGUCUCUUUCAGGCUGCCUUUGGUUUGGAGAUACAUGUGAAAUUGGACCCACUUCUGCAAUGUGUACGAGACUGUCUUCUACACUCGUGGAGCAAACUAGCAUUUUCUACAGGAAACUAAUUUGGACUAGAAUGAGAGAACAGAGACAAUCUUAG